CGGGUCGUGACGGGCGGGAGGCCUUCUGCUACAUGUUCCUCGACGACCAGGACUACCAGCGCUUUCGUUCGCUGUCCUUCUCCCACUGCUGCGAGCGAUCCGCGGUGGAGGCCUUUCUGCGGCGCGUCUUUGCACCCGCACCGCUGCUGGGCAGCAACACUGGAGCAGGAGAUGAUGGUGGGUGCAACGAGGGAGAAGGCGGCAGUAGCAGCAGCGGCAGUAGCUACGGUGUGCUGCAGCUCUCCACCACCGCUUCUGAACUGGAUCUCCAUCCCGAGGUCAUGGAAACCAUCCUAUCAUACCUGCAACAAGACGAAAGCGAGCAGUCACAUCAUGUACAGCAGCAGCAGCAGCCACAGCAGCAGCCACAGCAGCAACACCAACAGCAAACCCUUGGCGGCGGCGGUGGUGCUGCUGCCGGGGGCUACAUCAGCGUCCUGCCAAGCUGCGCCUCCCGCGUCCACGUCUACUUCCACCGCGCCCCUCCUGCCGCCCUAGCAGCCAAAUGGCCGGUUAUUGCAGCCAUGUUGCGAUGCAAACCGCCUCCCAAGGUGCACCGGGGGUGUUACAAGGUGGACAUGGCUACUCUGGUUGCCGCAUCCGCCUCCUGUUCCG